AGUUGUUUUUCUACAAAUCAAAAUGUGGACAGUGUUUGAAAUACCCAUUGUAUGUAUUCUAGCCAUUUGCAGUUACACUUGGAAUUAAUUAAUAAGAUCAAUAAGUAUUUGAUUGUUCAUUUGAAUAAUUUUAAAUAAUUUAGAAAGUCAUUCAUUUCUUUAUGGGAUCUUACCCUGAGUCAGUUAGCAGUUUUACUUGGAGGGUGUAGUGAUUUUUUAUUUAUUUAUCUGUGACAUUGUGGAUUUGAUGGAAUCCCAGUCCUGUGUCAUGUUACUCUGACGUGUCAAUGUGUGUACACAGAAGGGGUAGUUAUUCUUUUUUUCUAGAUAUAAUUAUGCUUCUGUGUGUGUGUGUGUGUGUGUGUGUGUCAGGGAGAAGUACACUCUUGAACAGGACAUCAGGGAGACAGAGGAGGCCAUCAGACAUAAGAGUGCAGAGGUGCAGGAGAUGCAGAAUGACCUGGACAGAGAGACUGCCAGCCUGCAGGAACUGGAGGCCCAGAAACAAGAUGCCCAGGACCGCCUAGAGGAGAUGGACCAGCAGAAACAUAAAUUAGAGGACAUGCUGAAUGAAGUCCGGAUGAAGUGCCAGGAAGAGUCUCAGAUGAUCUCGACCCUCCAGAGCCAGAUACACUCCCAGGAGUCAGAUUUGCAGAGCCAGGAGGAAGAGCUGAGCCGGGCAAAGGCCGACCUGGGCCGGCUGCAGCAGGAGGAGAACCAGCUGGAGCAGAGCCUAGCUGCUGGCAAGAUCCAACUGGAGACCAUCAUCAAGUCACUGAAGGCCACGCAGGAUGAGAUCAACCAGGCUCGUAGUAAGUUGUCUCAGAUUCAGGACAGCCAACAGGAAGUAUCUAAAAACAUUGAGCAGUACAACAGCACCUUGAAUGGAACCCAUGGAGGCAGUAUGACCAACCUGGCUGACAUGAGUGAGGGCUUCAGCGACAGAGAGAAUGGAGGAUUCCCAGCCAUGGUGAGAGCAGCACAGGAGGAUCCAUUCAAAGUGAAACCGUCUGUGUUCAACAGCCAGCCUCAGGAUGUUCACGCUGACCCCUUCAACUCUGAAGAUCCCUUCAAAACAGACCCAUUCAGAGGUUACCAGCCCCUUUACCUUCACUCUUUCCUCUGCCUCUUUUCCUCAGGAUAUAUAUUCUUCUUUUCUUCAACUGUCCUCUGUGAUCCACUUAUUCUCCUCUCCUUCUUCCUCAUCCACUCAUUUUUCACACAUGAUGCAUCUCCUCUCUGCUCUUAGUUGCCUGUGUUUACUGCUCUGUUGAUCUUUGGAUUUCUUGUUUAGCUUUAGUUGAUCUCUGACUGUCUUCUCUGUCUUCCACUCCUCUUUGUUUUCCUCCUACUCUUCCCUCUCUGCUGGAUUCCUCACCUGUAGGUGACCCUUUCCAAAACGAUCCUUUUGCAAAGCAGCCAUCAGCAUCCACAGGUAUUUAUUUGGGGAAAGGAGCUCAGUUACAUUGCCUUAAUCUGGUCACCGCAGGAAGUCUAGUAAAAUUCACAACAAAAAU